GUGUGCGUGUGUGUGCUGGUUCAUAAAAUUAAAGAUUGAAAAAUGUUGACAUGUAUUGCAUGUUCUAAGCAACUAAACAGCGGAUCUUCUUAUAAUGAACAAGAAAAUGAAGAUAAUGUUGUUACCCCUAGAACCAAACAAGCUGUUAAAUCUCUCACAUCCCAGAUAAAGGAUAUUGCAUUGAAAGCAUCAGGAGCAUAUAAACACUGCAAGCCAUGUACUACAGGAUCAUCAAACACUAACCUGACCCGUCGCUAUCCGGGCUCUGAAUCCGGGUCAGUGUCUGGAAGGUUCUUUGGUGGGUCCCAAAGUACUGGUAAUUCGACACCGCGGAUAUGGGGAAAGGAAAUGGAGGCAAGACUGAAAGGACUAUCAAGUGGUAGGAGCACUCCAGCGUCGGUUAGUGGACGGACUGAAUCGGUUUUGUUGAUGGAAGAAGAUGAGGCUAAAGAAUGGGUUGCUCAGGUUGAACCCGGCGUUCUUAUUACGUUUGUUUCCUUGCAUCAAGGUGGCAACGAUUUAAAACGUAUUCGGUUCAGUCGAGAGAUGUUCGACAAAUGGCAAGCUCAAAGAUGGUGGUCUGAAAACUGUGAAAAGAUUAUGGAGUUGUACAACGUUCAGUGCUUUAAUCAGCAAGGCGUUCCACUACCGUCUCCACCAAGAUCUGAAGAUGAGAGCUCGAAAACAGAAUCUAUAGAGAACAGCCCAAUCACACCACCACUUAGCAAGGAACGCACACCUCGGAACUUAUACCGUGCAACUGGAAUGGGAUAUUCAUCAUCAGAUUCUCCUGAUCAACAUAACCUUGCUUCACAACCUAAACACUCGAGCAUCAGUGUUGCCAAAACUGAAACAUCAUCAAUUAGUAGUUCAUCUCAAGAGGCUGAUCAAUCUGGACACCUUUGUUUGAGCAAUGCAUGCGAUUUGGAAAAUGAAUGGAUUGAGCAGGACGAGCCAGGUGUGUACGUUACAAUUAGAAUACUGCCUGGUGGCACGCGGGAGCUAAGGCGUGUUCGAUUCAGCCGAGACAAGUUUGGAGAAAUGCAUGCGAAAAUAUGGUGGGAACAGAACCGAGCCAGGAUACAGCAACAGUACCUUUGAGUAUGAAUAUAGAGUCAAGAACAACUCGACCUUUUGGGAAGUUAUUAUAUUUAUCUAUUCGUAUGCAAAACUACUGAAGCCUUGAUGGCCAUUUUGCACUUCUAUAUUAAUCAAGACAUUUGUAUAUCUAAGCUUUCUGUUUAAUUUUAUCCUUUUGAUUUCUGUCUAA